AUGUACAGAAUAGAUGUUUCAGAUUUUUAUGACUUCCAAGCAUUCAGAAAUAUGUGUCCAUUUCGAGACUAUAACAAAGCAGUCGAGAAUUUGAAACGUUUAGUCAUUUAUGUCGACUCUGCCCCAGAAUGUUAUGUUAUGAAAGAAUGGGAUGUUGUCUUUAACAAACCAAGAGCAACAAUAGUGUCUGAACAAGAAUGUAGACAGAAACUUAAGAAAAUAAAAGUCGUACAAGUUGGCAUGAAGAUGUUAGAUGCUUGGGAUAUCUUAUUGUCAAAGUUAGAAGAUUUUUCAGUUCGAGGUAUAAAGUUCUAUACACCUUCUCCAAACUUCUAUUCUAUCUUCACUGGAUAUAAAUAUGAACAAGUAGAAUGGAAAGAAAAUAUUAUAGAAGCUUGGUUAGACCAUGUCAAAGAAAUUAUAUGCAAUGGAAACGAAAGAGUCUAUGAGUAUAUCUUAUGUUGGUUUGCAAACAUCUUACAACAUCCAAGUGCUAAAAAUGAAACUGCUCUCAUUAUAAUUGGAAAACAAGGAACUGGUAAGAACACAUUCUU